AAUUUUUGUAUAACUGAAAACUAUUGUUUACUUUUUCAAAUUUCCAGUCUGUAGCCUCAAAGGUUAAAGGUAUACUUAAACAGACGUGGUUUAUUAUCAAUACUACAGUUCGUUGGACUUUGAAAUUUGAAAUCCCUUGAGCACCUGCAUGUAUAUUCAGGUUUAAAUAUCGUUCUGUCUUCAUGAGCAUCUAGUCUGUUUUUUUCUUUUCGAAUCAAUAACCCAGGAAAUAUGGAGAAAUGUUUAUUGAUGAUUCAGGAAGACUCCAAAAGUCCAACCUGUCAAGCUGAUCUUAUGAACUUUAGCAGUCCAGAAGUACUGCCCAAACAAAUGCCAGUAGGAAUUGACAGUUCAAUUAUUAAGGAAUUUUCUGUGAACGGUUCAGACGACCCUUUUGAGUUCCACCUAGAGAAGGCAAUAACGAUGGGUAGAACCUAUAGUUUCAGGCAGACGAAUGCCAAUAAUUGUAAUGCGAAAAUAACAGGCACUCCUGAUUUUAAAAAUUCAAAUUCUCCGGUUUUUGUAAAGAAAAGACAAAGGCCAAGAUUCAGUUAUUGGGAUUCGUCGUUGGUAGAAAAAGAUGCAAGCUUUGACUUACUAAAUGAUACGAUUAAGUUUGAAAAUUCUGUAAUGAUAAAUUCUCCAUUGCAAAGAAGGCGCAGCCUAAGUGUUGAUAAUCUAACUUUUUCUUUACAUGAAAAGGACCCAGCAAUACCUUUUGAAUAUAUAAAAGCAGAAGCAAAAAAGAUCGCAGAGCUCAUUGAAAAAUCACAAUUUUUUAAUAGUAAACAGGAAGAAUCUGUUGAGAAAAUGUUGACUGAUGAAGUGCCUACUGGUUUGCAAAUUUCAACUUCGAGUGAAGAGGGAAUUGGUCUUCCUGAGGUAGUAAUUUUCAGUACAAAGAAGGACUCUAAUCCGGACAUAACUAAUAAAGCAGAGUACAUAAAAUAUAAGCAGUUUAUCUCUUCUCAUAACAAUUCCUCACAACAGAUUGCUACUUCAGAAUCAAAAACAACUAAUGACAAAGCUGAUGAAAAUACAUUAUUUGAUGAAGAUAAUAGUAGCAUUGAUGGACACAAACAAACUAAAACUUGUGUCAUUGAAGAAAAGGAAAAACUGUUAAAAAUGGAUCAUGCUAAACUGAAAUUACUUCAAAGAGACAUUGAAGAGGUGAAAUCGAAGCCAUUAAAACCGAUAAAGAAAAAAAAGGCCAAAGGCCCUGAGAAAAGAGGACCGCUAAAAGUCUUUGCACCACAUAAUUCACAAAUUUUAAACAAUACAAAUGCUUCAAGAAAACGAUUAAUAACUACAACUGAGAAUGCACCAUUUUCAAUUCCUAUGGCUACAUCUACACCUGAAUCGGAAAAAAUGCCUGUUUUAAAGAAACCAAAUACAAAUGCAACACAAAGUAAAAAAAGAAAUUUAAAGAUGGUCAAAACUCCAGUUGAGCUCAACCAUCCAUAUUCCCAUGCAAAAAUGAGUAUUAAGCUUGAUAACGUUAGUAAAAUAACAUCAAAGAAGCCUGUAGUUCCUUCAGCCAAAACUGAAAUUUUGAGGAAAUAGUCAACCUUACUGACUGUAUAAAACAGGUUUGGGUCAGCCGUUACAAAAUAAUAAAUGUAUACAAGUGUA